GAACUGGUAGUAGUAGAUUGCCCUCGACGCACACGGGUGGACAAGAGUGGAUCGUCUCGAUUUUUUUUCUUGUAAAGGAAAAAAAGAAAAAAACACAUCAACUUUACUCGCGCCUUUGGAUGCACGCCACGCGGGCUUCUCUGGAUUAAUUGUUUUGACACUUACCCGAAUUUGAGUCCUUUUUUUAUUUACUUUAAAACCAAACUGAGCAUAAUGGGAUCCCAGGCAUCAAAGGGAGGAGUGGCUGUCGACGGGAAAGCCGCCGUUGCUGACCCGGCUGCCGUCAAGACAAAUGGCCAGGAGAACGGCCAUGUUAAGACCAACGGUGACGUCUCUGCCAAGGCAGAUGGAGAUGCAGCCGCCACCAACGGUUCCGCAGAGGCGGCCAAAGAAUCCGAGGCGGGGGCCGGCGAUGCCAUCGAGCCCGCUCCCGCAGCCGAGGGUGAGGCUGCCAAACCAGAGGGUGAGGCCACCAAGGAGACCCCCAAGAAGAAGAAGAAGAAGUUCUCCCUGAAGAACUCCUUCAAAUUCAAGGGGAUCUCACUGAAGAAGAACAAGAAGAGCACAGAGGUGAAGGAAGAAGCCGCCGACGCCGCUCCGGCCGCAGAGGAGAAGGCAGAAGAGAACGGGGUGGCCGCCGAGGAGAAGAAGGAGGAGGAGGAGGAGCCCAAGGCGGAGGAGACACCUGCCCCUGCCGAGACCCCCAAGGCCGAGGAACCCGCAGCCAAACCCGAGGAGCCUGCCGCUGCUCCUAAAGAGGAGGAGGCGGCUGCUGAACCUGCUGCAGAGCCCACAAAACCAACAGAGGAGACCAGCUCCACACCUGCGCCAUCUGAACAGAAGGAGUGAUUGUAUUUCACAAAGGACUUUGUGAACUGUUUUUCCAAGAAAAAAUAUAUAUUUAUAUAUAUGUGUAUAUGUAUACAUAUGUAUAUAUACAUGGAUAUAUGUAUAUGUAUAUAUACACAUGUAUGUGAAAAAAAGACUCCUCGUGCCACUUUCUUCAAGAUUAAUAACAAAUGACAGACUAGAUUCACUAGUUCACUUCCCUUGAUAAUGGCUCAAAGAUCUGGGAUGCCGAGCGUAGGCCUGUAUUUUUACGGGACGUCAACGCAAGAGUGGGUUGAGAGGACGGGAUCCACGAGAAGCAUCUUUCAACGCCACCAUCGAACAGAUGCGAUGAUAUGAAUUGUGCAAGAUCAACAUCACCACAUAUAAUGACUGUUAAAAAAAAAAGGAAAUCGAAAAAGACUUGCCAACUUUCUACAUUCCUAUAUUUUAACCCAAAUUUAAGUAUUUUGUGGUGUAUAGAGAACCAUUUUAAAUAUCCUGAAGGCUUUGUCUCGUUUGUUUGAAAACGCAUUUUAAUUUUCAUCUUGGCUUAAAGAAAAAACAAAACAAAAACACAUUUGAGCUUGCUAUGUUCACAUUUUGAAGUUUUAAAAAAGCAGAGUUGUUAUGUGUUAAAUGUGAGCCUUGAUCUGCUUUUUGGUCUCUGUAAAUACAUUUGACCAAUUUUGUUCUUUAUUUUGCUAAUGUUUAAAGAUGUUACUGGUUUUAUUGUAAAGUUGAUAAUGGUAAAUAAAUGUUGGUUACCUACA